CCAGGUGUUCGUCGUAACUCCACAUUGGGCGUGGUCUUGUCAGGACCCUACGAGAUAACAACUGGAGUUAGUGACUUGAACAAGGAAAAGGGAGGUUAGUCAGAAUGGUUUGUAAUUAACGUCAUUCAUCAUUCAAACUGUCAUGCUGUUGUGGGGUUGAGGGGUUAGGGGAUAUGUACGUUUUCAGAGGAUCUCCGUGUUGAACGGGAACUUGUUUCAGAUGCUGGCGCUGAGGGUUGAAGCGAAAUGGCAAGUUUAUUGUACUGGCGGUGAUACACUACUGUACCAUGAUAGGUGUCGUAGGGAGGGCGGUUCGUGAUGGCGGCCUCCCUUAUAUAGCCCUAACCCCUUUUCGUGACUCCGCCCCAAGCUCGGCGUCAGCUGGGCACCGAAAUGGCUGCCUAACUUCACACCGUCUGGAGCUCAAAAAUACAACCAAGCAUCGUGAAUGAAGAAAGAAUAGUCCAUCCUCACUCAGUUCUCCAAGCUCCCACGAUGACACGCCCGCGCUCCCAAUCCAACCCCAACCCUCGCCGCUCCCGGCCCCCCUACACUUACACGCCCCUUUCCUCUCCCCGCCACAUCCGUCUUAUCCGCAUCCUGACCUACGACCCAGUCCUCUCCCAAGCCUACAUCACCCUCACCGAGCACCCCAUCGAUGCCAUCACCCACCGCUUCACCGCCCUCUCCUACACCUGGGGCUCGGCCAUCGAGCCCUUCGACAUCAACCCCACCCCCCCACUCGCCCCGAGCCCCGACAACGUUGAGCUGAUUGUCGUCCCGCAGGACGCCUUCAAGACCUUCAGCCGGCGCGACGACCUCGCCACGACCGAGGGCGCCCUGCUCGACGCCUACACGCCAGACCUGCGCUCCCUGCCCGUCACGGGCAACCUGUCGGAUUUCUUCCGCGCCUACCUCGCCGGCUUCCCGCACCGUCACCUGCAGCCGCGACCGGAGGAUGGACGCCGGCUGUCGUUUGACCAGGUCGCGCAGCUGUGGGCGGAUGCGGUGUGUAUCGACCAGGGGAAUGCGGAUGAGAAGGCCAGUCAGAUCCCGUUGAUGGGGGAGUUGUAUUCGUUAUCGGGGAGGGUGUUGGGGUGGUUGGGGCUGGAUGAGAAGAGGUUGAAGGUGUUUUCCUGGUGGCAUAAAGUGGUGUUUCCGGCGAUUGGAAGGUUUGUGCAGGAGAGUGGGCGGGCGCAGGGGAUCUUGAAGUUGAGGGAGGGGAAUUUUGUGGAUGCCAAGUUUUGGACGGAUGUGGUUGGGUUUAUGGAGGAGCCGAUGGGUGGGCAUUGGGCUACGGCGUGGUCAGACUAUUGGGCGUUUUAUCGCACGAGGAGGUAUUUCCACCGCGUGUGGAUUGUGCAAGAGGUGGUGGUGGCGGGGAAGUUUGAUAUCAUGGCCGGGAUGGGUGUGGAGGAGCUGAGUUGGGGGGACAUGACGGGGUUCGCGUACUUCCUAGGACACGCGGGAUGGAUUGAUGUUCUGAAUUCGUUGGCGGGGGAGAUGUUGAGCAGCGAAUACACGGACGCAGUAACUAGGGGGUUCGGGAUCACGGAUAUCGGCGGGAUGCAGGGGCAGCAUCAAACCCGGACUUUCGAGCAGAGUGGGUGGGCGGAGCAUUGGUGGGCUACGCUAUCAGCCGUCAGGAGACGAGAGUGCUUCGUCCAGCAGGACAGAGUCUUUGCCACGGUCGGAAUCCUCCAGCAGGCACUGCCAAAAGGAAACCCCUUGCCCUUCCCCGUCAACGCCACCAUCACCCCGGAGGAAGUAUUCAUCAACGCCGGGAAGACCCUUCUGCUCAACUGCGAACACCUCACCCUCCUCUCCUUUGUGGAGCAUCCCUUCCACCGCCAACUCCCAAACCUCCCCUCCUGGGUCCCUGACCUCACAACCGCCAAGUUCCCCUGGCCCCUCGGCACCUUCGACACCCCCUUCACAGCCUGCAUCCUCCCCUCAACCACCACCAGCACCCCCCCACCCCGCACAACCACCCCAUCAGGCGAGCUCCACCUGCGCGGCAUCCACCUCGACACCAUAACCUCCAAAACAGCCUACGAAGCGCCCAUGAACAUCCGCCUCGCGGAGACCGUCCUGCAAUUCCUCGCCGCGCUGCCCACCCACUACGCACACGUCACCUUCCCCGCGGCGGAGGGCCCCGAGGGGACCAUGGAGGGCCAGUUCAGCGAGGCGGCGCUCGUGCACACGCUCACCUGCCACGAGUACACCAACGUCAACCGGGGCACGCCCGACGAGACGGGCCGGGUGUCGGUCAGCUUCCGGGAGUGGCUGCUGGUCGCGCUGGGGCAGGUGUAUGCGGGCUGUCUGCUGCGCGAGGGGGAUGAGGAGUACGCGCCGGAGAGGGUGGCGGAGUGUGAGGAAAGGAGGAAGGAGAUUGAGAGGGUGAUUGGGGGCCUGGAGGUGAAGGUGUUGGUGCCGGAUGUGGAGGACCUGAGGGUGCAUGUGCCAUACGUCUUGAGGCGGGGACAGGCGCAGGACGGGACGGCAACGUUUGUGUUCCGUGGCGAGUGCUACGUUCAUGGAGUUAUGAACGGUGAACUGAUGAAGGGUGGCAUUGAAGGGCAGCUGGAACAAGUGGUACUGGUCUGA